AUGUCGAUGGGGAGAAAGGGGAAGGAGAAGGCGGUGGAGAAGAGGAAGGAAAUGGAGGAGGAGGAGGAGGAGGAGGUGGAGGAGGAGGAGGACGACAACAAGGAGGAGGAGGAGGUGGAGGAGGAGGAGGAGGAGGAGGUGGAGGAGGAGGAGGAGGAGGAGGAGGAGGAGGAGGAGGAGGAGGAGGAGGAGGGGAAGGACAAGGGGAAAGCGAGGAGAGGUCAUGGCAUCCGCCACGACAGCUUGGGCGAUGAGCAAGGGUGGGUCGGUGAGAUUAAGGUGCACGGCAUUGAUCGGUACAUCAACAAGUCGCGCGAGAAGAUGCAGCUCGCGUAUGUGCACUCCAUCGCGUACGUCGUCUACGGCGGUUUCGUGAGCAAGGUGCUCAUGGAUGAGCUCAUCGGCUUGGACACUGCCGAGUUGGAGAGGUGGAGGAAGGUGUGGGAGGAGGUCAAGAUCUUGCCGACAGGGAUGUGGACGUAUCAAGAGUACAAGAGCUCAAGCGAUGCGCUCCACGACGCGCUCUGGCCGGCGAUGUGGUUCCCCGUCGAGGGGGUGCCAGAGGAGAAGUCGUCGGCGAUGAUGUCGGCCAUCAUAGGUCGCGUGUCCAUGUGCGUUGCGUAUGGGAAGACCGCUGCGAGCGCGUCAAAGAAGGAGGGAGACGAGGAGGAGAAUACGGCGAUGGUGGUAUUGGCGUUAGCGGCAUCCGCAUGCGCCGUAUGGUGCUUCGUUGAGAACGACGACGCCCAGGUGGUCGAUGCUGUGGAAGAAGGGAAGGCGGCGGCACUUAUAGCCGGUGCAAGCGAGAAGACCGCCAAAGUAUUCGAAACUGUCAUGGCGGCGGUGCUGAACGCUGAGAUCACCCGGGACCGCCCCCUGGGGGAGGUCGCCUUCAACGUCGCGCCAGUGCUGCACAGUCUUGCCCUGCAGAGGGUCUAUCUAGGGGGGAAUGGUGAAGACGAUGCCGAGGUGGUUGCUAGAGCGGCGGUGGAGACCAUGGCGUUCUGGGGAAUAUGCAUCGUCACCGGCCCGAAACUCAAAAAGAGGAGUACCGCGGUGCCGUGUGACACGCAGAUGAAGGCCGAUCUUGACAACAGGAGGAGGAAGGGUCAGAGGGGGAAGCAGGGGACGAAGGGGAAGAAGGGCAAGGACGGCAUGGGGAAGAAGGGGAGGAAGGGCAAGGACAGCACGGCAACGUAG